GUUUAGACGAUUUUCAUCCUGGCCUUGGAGUUGCGUGAACUGGUUUCUUCGCAUUUCUCUCCUUCCCCUGCCCCUUCCCCGUUCCCUCUUUCGCCUUUGUUUUAAUUCCCAUCCCUUUCUUGAUACCCCGUUGGGGGUCCCUGUGGCCGCCAUGACUUCCCUCAAACAGUUUAUCCGCAAUGUACGAUCUGCCAAGACAAUCGCCGAUGAACGGGCAGUGAUUCAAAAAGAGAGUGCGGCCAUCCGUGCGUCGUUCAGGGAAGAGAGCCAUGACUCGGGCAUACGGAGAAACAAUGUUGCAAAAUUGCUUUAUCUGUUCACCCUUGGUGAGCGGACUCAUUUCGGUCAGAUCGAAUGUCUGAAACUGCUGGCGUCCCACCGAUUCGCAGACAAGCGGUUGGGGUAUUUGGGAACUAUGUUAUUGCUGGAUGAGAAUCAAGAGGUGUUGACACUGGUGACAAACUCCCUCAAAAAUGAUCUUAACCACUCCAACCAAUAUAUUGUCGGACUUGCCCUUUGCGCUCUGGGCAAUAUCGCCUCCGUAGAGAUGUCCAGAGAUCUUUUCCCAGAAGUCGAAUCUCUCCUUUCUACCGCAAACCCGUAUAUCAGAAGGAAGGCGGCAUUGUGCGCUAUGCGGGUAUGUCGCAAGGUGCCGGACCUGCAGGAACAUUUCUUCGAGAAGGCCAAGACCCUCUUGUCGGACAGGAACCAUGGUGUUUUGCUUUGCGGUUUGACCCUAGUGAUAGACAUGUGCGAGGCGGAGGAAGCUGAGGAAGGACAAGAAGGCGUGAUUGAGAUGUUCCGGCCUUUGGCUGGUGGCCUCGUGCGCGCUCUGAAAGGAUUAACAACCUCCGGAUACGCCCCGGAACAUGACGUUUCUGGAAUCACAGAUCCUUUCCUUCAAGUCAAGAUCCUACGUCUCCUUCGAGUACUAGGAAGAGGAGACGCGGCAACAAGCGAACUGAUUAACGACAUUCUAGCCCAGGUGGCUACAAAUACUGACUCGACCAAGAACGUUGGCAACGCAAUCCUCUACGAGGCUGUCCUCACCAUCCUUGAUAUUGAGGCCGAUUCGGGCCUACGGGUUCUAGGUGUCAACAUCCUAGGAAAGUUCCUUACAAAUAAGGACAACAACAUUCGCUACGUUGCUCUCAACACGCUGAACAAGGUUGUCGCGAUCGAGCCCAACGCUGUGCAGAGACAUCGUAACACCAUCCUAGAGUGUCUCCGUGAUCCCGAUAUCAGUAUCAGAAGACGAGCCCUUGACCUAAGUUUCAUGUUGAUCAAUGAAAGCAACGUCCGUGUCCUCGUCAGAGAACUCCUUGCUUUCUUAGAAGUCGCGGAUAACGAGUUCAAGCCAGCGAUGACUACUCAAAUCGGCAUUGCCGCCGACCGCUUUGCACCGAACAAACGCUGGCAUGUCGACACGAUUCUGCGGGUCCUCAAAUUGGCCGGCGCCUAUGUCAAAGAACAGAUAUUAUCUUCCUUUGUGCGCCUCAUUGCGACUACCCCGGAAUUACAAACCUACUGCGUGCAGAAGCUCUACAUGUCAUUGAAGGAAGAUAUCUCUCAGGAGGGUCUCACUCUUGCUGCAACCUGGGUCAUUGGAGAAUACGGUGACAACCUUCUCCAAGGUGGUCAAUAUGAGGAAGAGGAACUUGUCAAGGAGGUCAAGGAGAGCGACCUGGUUGACCUUUUUAACAACAUUCUCAACAGCACCUAUGCUACACAAACGGUGAUUGAAUACAUUACCACUGCUUCGAUGAAGCUCACUGUGCGCAUGUCAGAUCCUGCUCAGGUUGAACGGCUCCGUCGCUUCUUGAACAGUCGGACCGCCGACCUAAGUGUGGAAAUCCAGCAACGAGCUGUGGAAUAUACCAAUCUCUUCGGCUUUGACCAGGUCCGUCGAGGUGUCCUUGAGCGGAUGCCGCCUCCCGAGAUACGUGAAGAGCAGAGAGUUUUUGGUGCCCCAACAAAGAAACGCCAGAGCAAGAUACUCAAGGAUAAGACUAAGAAGGCCGUCAAGCCGGCCGAGCAGGAUAUGCUCCUCGACCUCAUGGGUGGUGACGAACCAGCGACUAGCCCAACUGGCAACGGAUCCCAAAACACAGCCGACUUGCUAGCAGAUAUUCUGGGGGGAGGGUCGGGUCUCUCGUCGCCUGCUCCUCAACCAACUCAGAAGCCGGCACAGUCCAACACAGCCGCCAUUAUGGAUCUAUUUGGCUCUAAUGGAAACACCCCGUCACCCCGUCCAGCUGAACCGACAUCUUCGUCUUUAGACCUCUUAGGAGGCCUUGCAUCCGCCCCACCCGCGACUUCCACCCCGCCACCCUCGGCAGCCCCUGCCCACACGGCAUUCGAUAAGAAUGACCUAGCUCUCACUUUGCAAGUCCAGCGGGGCAGCGGCGGCAAUGCGCAGAUCCAGGCUCGUUUCCGGAACUCCUCGAACUUCUCUCGCUUCUCCGGUGUUGGGCUACAGGCUGCGGUACCCAAGAGUCAACGGCUUCAACUAAGUGCAAUCAACAAGACCGAUCUCGACGCAGGGGAGGAAGGUAUUCAACUACUGAAGGUCGCCUCUAUGAAUGGAGCUCUCCCACCCAAACUCCGCCUUCGUCUGCGUGUCACAUACGCCAUGGACGGAUCAGAUCCCGUGACAGACCAGGUCGACUGGACAGAACCGUGAGCCAUGCGCAUACAACCUAAAGGUGGGAGAUCUCACCCCGUCAGCCCUACAAUCGACAACCUACUUUAAUUAUAUUUUUUCUUUUGUCCCCCGUUACCUAGAUGGUUAUCUACCUUUUUGAAUGAAAGUGUCUCCACCAACUGGAGAAAAGAGAUUACUUAGAGCUAAGCCCAUACGUAUGUGCUCCGUUGAGGCCAAAAUGAUGGAAUGGUCAUGCAUUCAUACCCUGUUGAUUUCCGUCUUAUUUUCCCGUUGCGUUCUUGUCUUUGAUUUGAUUAUUAUUUAUUUUUCUUUCCCUUUAUUUUCGUGUAAAUGGUUGUGUAUGUGAAAAUUAGGCAAUGAGAAAAGAAUUUCUUUAAUUGUAUGUAUGUAUUUGCUUUUAUUCAUAAUCGCCACUAAUAUCUUUCGGGGGGAGGAGG